AUGAGUGGUGGUGCUGGUGCUGGUGCUGCUGCCUUUUUCUUGAUCAAAAUCUCUGUCAAAAAGGCGAUGAUGAGCAACGAAGAAGAGAAGAGGUGUCCACUUUGUGCAGAGGAGAUGGAUUGGACGGAUCAGCAACUCAAGCCUUGCAAAUGUGGUUAUCAGGUGUGUGUUUGGUGUUGGCAUCACAUCAUAGACAUGGCAGAAAAAAAUGAGACAGAGGGGCGAUGUCCUGCAUGUCGUACAAUCUACGAGAAGGAAAAAAUUGUGGCGACGCAAGCAAGUUGUGAAAGGAUGGGGAAUAAAAUUGCAAGUCGGAAAAACAAGCCUCCAAAGGCCAAGCCAAAGAUUAAUGAAGUAAAGAAGGAUCUUACAAAUGUUAGAGUGAUUCAGCGGAAAAUGGCUUAUGUGAUUGGACUACCACUUAGUCUUGCCGAUGAAGAUCUAUUACUGCGGAAGGAGUAUUUUGGUCAGUAUGGAAAAAUUACUAAAGUCUCUCUCUCCAGGAAUGCAAGUGGAGCCAUUCAGCAAUUUAUCAACGACACUUGUAGUGUAUACAUAACAUAUUCGAAAGAGGAGGAGGCCUUGCGGUGUAUUCAAUCAGUACAUGGUUUUGUUCUUGAAGGUAGGGAUUUGAGAGCAUCAUUUGGAACUGCAAAAUAUUGCCAUGCUUGGCUGAAAAACACGCCUUGCAAUAAUCCUUCCUGUCUAUAUUUGCAUAGCAUUGGGGAUGAAAAAGAUAGUUUUGGGAAAGAUGAGGUUGCUGCAGUUCAUACAAGGAGUAGAGUCCAACAAAUUGUUGGUGCUGCAAAUAAUCAGCUAAGGCGCUCUGGCAGUGUGUUGCCAUCUCCAGUGGACUGCAAUAGUAGCAGUCCUGACACAGACGACUUAUCUACUGGCAGAAGUGCCAUGAUAGAUGCAGCUCAUGGUGCUGUAAAUGGCAACAGUGACAUAACAUGCACAGUCCCUUUUAAGUACAAUGAAGGAGUUCCAGUACCCAACAAAAUGACAGCUUUUGUAGAUAUUGUUGGACAGUCUAAUUUUUCUUGUCCAGUGAAAGAUGAAAUUAUCCCUGAAGAUGGGAACUUGUGCUCCAAAUUAUCUUCAGUAACAAUAAAUGGAGAUGUACAUGGAGUUCCAUAUUCUGUUGCUAAGACGUGCAAAGUUUCAUCUAAUCACCUGGGCAUUGGAUUGUACUGGGAGGAACAGUUUAAAGAUAUUACAGAUGAACCAUUUACAGAAGGUUCACUGUCGUAUGAUUAUCAAGGAUCAAGGGAUUCUUCUUGUUCAAGUCACAGGCAUUGUUUUCUCCAACAACCUUAUCCUGCAAGCAUUUCAGAGGAUUUGUGCCGUCCUACUUUGUUGCAUAAGAAGUCUCAGAUUUUGAGUGAUCUUAGUGCAGAUCAUAAUGUUGUAAAUAAUUACGAGGAUGAAGCUUCUUUACCUUUCAGAUGUGUAAAUUCGGUGUUAAAUGAUGGAUGUCAUGAGAUGAAGUUCCAAAAUUUUGCCAAAUCAGAUAGAAUUUAUAGAAAUUCUAGCUCAUUUUCCAACGAAGAAAUUGUAGAGCACUUACGAAGAAUUGAUGAUGAUAAGAUGACAAAUAAUGAGGAAAGUUCUGCUUUAGAUGCUGUGGAGAGCAGUAUAAUUUCAAAUAUUAUGUCCAUGGAUUUUGAUUCAUGUGAUGAUUCAUUGAGACUGCCUAAUGGUUCAUCUGAGUUGUUUAUUGAAACUGAUGGUCUGCGUGGUUCUUCCUGGAAUUCCCUUAAUGGUAUUCAAUCAGGGUUCUCAUUUUCAGAACAGGGAAAUCAAGUGGCUGGAGCUAUCCUUCCUGAUUUUAGGGAUAAAAAGGAGCAGUACUUGUGCAAGCCUCAGUAUCGAGCUACUAGGCCUCAAAGUUUGGCUCCACCUGGGUUUUCGGUGCCCUCCAGAGAUCCGCCUCCUGGGUUCUCUUCAUGUGAGAGAAUAGGCUCCUUGUCCUGUGCCUCAUCUGGAAGUUGUUUGGUUAAUGCAUCCAACACUUUGGUUCAAAUGCCUUCAACGGGAUUUAGCAGUGCUACAGGCGAUGUUGAUUUCAUUGAUCCUGCCAAAUUAUGCAAUAGGGAAGGUAAAACAAUAAAUGGGCUGAAAAACUUGGGCUUGGAAAUGGGACUGGCUCGUACUCCACAGCUGAGUGCAUAUAAGGAUGAUGCCUUUUGGCUUCUGAUGCAUCAAUCAGCAUCUGCAAAUCAACCCUCAAAUAUUUCUCAAAUGUUUACACCCCAAACUCCAUAUGCCCAGCAAGAAAUGAAUUAUGCUGCUUGUAUGGGGAAUGGACUAUCUACUCUAGAUGAUAUAUACGGCUUGUCAUCUAGAAUAGUGGAUCAACAUCAAAGCCACAACCCAUCCUCCUUCAGCCGACUGUCACAGCAGAAGUAUGCAAAUGGAAACAAUUUAAAUACUAAUGGCUACCUACAGAGUUUGGAUGAGACCCGACAUAGAAAUGAAGUGGACACGAUAGAACUUCAGAGAAAUGAGAGAAUAGGAGUCAACAAUUACUUUCCUGGGUACGAGGAUUUAAGUUUCAGUCCAGGCGAUGUGUACACCAGAGUAUUUGGGAUGUAA